AUGACCCACUCGUCGAACCCCUUCGCCGGCCCCGAGCCCUCCGCCGCCGCCAUCUGUUACCUCAACAUUGAAGGCUGGGUCCCUAUCCGUCUCGACAGCUCCAGCACAUUUUACUACGCGUGGAAGACCUAUUUCAACCUUAUCUUCCGCGAGUACUAUCUCACCGACCACAUCGACGGUUCCGUGGAAACCGCGUACAUGCGCACGGUCUCGAAGCACAUCUUCCACACGGUUGUCGCCGAGGACGACGACGCGUGCGACGUGUGGGCCAAGAUCAACGCGCUCUUCACCGACAACAAACUUCAACGCCUUGUUUUCUUAAAGCAGGAGUUCUUCGGCUGUCACCAGGACAACUCCACCAUCGAUGAGUACUGCAUGAGGCUCAAGAUGCUCGUCGAUGAGCUUCGCGACAUCGGCGCUAAGGUGCCUGAUGACCUCAUGCUCAGCACCCUCACCGCCGGCCUUACCGAGGACUUCGGCAACGCGGCGUCCAACCUCACCCUGCUGCCGUAG